UUUAGUAGGUUUGUGCAUCGGUUGUACCAAAAUGGCCGCCACUUGUUAGUAGCGUAUUUUUCUUCGGUCCGACGUGUAUUUUGUAAAAAAAAGCUACAUUCAGUGCCUUCACGUAGUAACGUAUAUGUGCCGCGCGUCUCCACGAAUGGUGUGUCGUGUUGAACGAUUCGAAACCUCGCGAUUUUAGAAUGUUUCACUCUUAAAUGCUCUUCAACGGGAUGCUGUAUGAAAAACCGAGAGACGGAAUAAUCACCCAUCACCAGCCAUGUUCGUCGAGUGUUCUUUUGUUGUGACAGUCGUGAUAUAAUAUUCUUCGUGCGACGCAACGCUACACCAACGCAAUCUUGCGUACGCAUUAUCGUAUCCUGCUUUCCUUCGUAGACCUUCGUCCUGUUUGGCCUCCUCUUUCCUUUCUGCCUCACCUUUACCUCAUCUUCUCUUACUUUAGCUCACCUUUACCUUAUUUCCAUAUAUCAUACCACAUCAUACUAUAUUACAUUACACCAUACCAUACCACUUCAUACUACUCUGUCUUUUACCUUAUCUCAUCUUAUAUUACUUCAAUUUAUCCUACCUUGGUUUAUUUCACUUCACUCAAUCCUUUUUUCUUACUUCAUUUUGCCUCACCUUACUCUACCUUGUGUUAUUUCAUCUCAUCUCAUUUUAUAUCAUUUUACUUUACCUUUCUUUAUCCUGCAGGAGCAUCUUAUUAGCGUUUGCUUAUCAUCAUCAUAGAUUAAAUGAAAGUGAAGUGAGUGAAAGAAGUGCAAACAAUGGUUUAAUCGUUUCCGAGACGGUGAUUUCACGAUAUUGACGAUCAACCAUGCGCUGGGCAGCCUCGCAAGUUUGAAAAUGAUGAACUGCAGGCGCUACUCAAUGAGAACCCGAGACUCAAAUACAAAAGGAACUUGCCGAGCAGCUUGGUGACGCAACCAACGCUUUCGGUUCGAUUGCACCAGCUGGGAAAAAUUCACAAAGAAGGAAAGAAGGUCGGUAGCAGUAAUAGAGGUGAAGGAGAGGUGGAGCUCAAAGAAGGGAUGAAUGGAACGGCGGCGCUGCGACGCAGCGUUGGGGCUGGUGCAGGCGCCAUUGGUGGUGGGACCAUUGAGCCAGCACCCAUUGCUACUCUUGUCGUAUAUAAAGACGAUGCUGGAUUUGGAAUGAAAGUUUCUGGCGAUAAUCCAGUUUAUGUCCAAUCCGUAAAAGAAGGUGGAGCAGCAGCAAGAGCAGGUCUUCAUGCAGGUGACAAAAUAAUUAAGGUGAAUGGUGUUAAUGUGAUGCAGUCUACACAUACUGAUGUAGUUCAGCUCAUAAAAUCAUCGACGCAAGUGGUACUGACGGUGCAGCAGAAACCAGUGACAAGCGGUGCAGCGACAGUAGCAACAGCGACAGCUACGGCAACAACGACAACUUCUGGUCUACAAGUCGGAUUUGGAACGGGAACAGCUGCCACCACUAUCACUACCACUACCACCAGCACUACCAUCACUAGUACUGUCAUCACCGCUGCAGCGAAUCAACAGCAUCAACGUCCGGUCAGUCUAUCAGCAGCCGGAAACAUGUCACCUUCACAACCAGCGACCUCCUUGCAUAGAGCAUCUACCGCACCUGCUGGUGGGGCUCUAUGCAACACCCGAAUUACAGGCCCACAGCCAGUUGAUCAUGAGAAGAAACGACAGUUGGAAACACAAAGAGUUCACACAUUCCAGCUUAUGUUGGAGAAGGAACAAAGUUACGUGGAUAAAUUACGAAGUGAAUUAGCUAAAACUGGCACUGGCACUGGCAAUGGCAAUGGCGGUGUCAAUAUCACAGCUUUGCAGAACGAAUUGGCAGGUGCUGAAAGAAGAGUACGAACCUUGCAGGAACAGCUCGCAGCGAUUACAACUAAUGAACAGCUUUGCUCAUUGGUAACAAACACCUCGUGCUCCCCGAGCUAUUAUCCACCCUCGAAUCCAAAUGACGGCAGUGGAACAGACCUGCCACCCCCAUUACCGUCGCGUAAAUCCUUAUCCAUGCAAAGUCUCUCUCCACCGCCUUUACCUCCCAGACCUCCACCCAUCACAAACAUGCACAACACAGCCCAGCUGGAGCUGGAUCGACAUCUGCUGACUCAUUUAACGCCUUCAAUCGUCAGUCAGGGUAUUCCUAACUCUUUUUCUCAGGAUGUCAAUUUAAGCGCUUCGAAUGUGCUUGCCAAACAUCAACGGACAAAAUCGAGUCCAGAACAAUUAGGAACAGCAACGAUGUCACCCUCGGAAGCCAGCAGACGUUUAAUUGCUUCUGAAUCAAUGAAUGAUCUGUCACUUCCGAAACAUGUAGGGCACAAUGAUAUUGAUAUAAAGGAAUUGCCGCAUAUCACGCCACCGGGUACACCGCCGCCGCCAUAUCCGGUCUCCACUUUAGGACACGAUAUCUUCUCAUCCACGCUAAAUGAUACCCUUGGCAGUGAUACCAUUCCCGGAUUACCAGCGUUCCAACAACCAAUUAUGUCAAUGGAAGAAGACGACGUUAGCGACCAAGAAAUUGGUCAGUUGGAAGAUCACGGCCCGUUUCAAUCUUUAUCUAGGCUGUGGGGGCAUCAUGCACAUCUUGCUGUAUUUAUUAAUUAUGUUCUAUCUAACAGUGAUCCUUCUAGCCUGUUAUUUUAUUUGGUAACGGAUUUGUACAAGGAGGGAAAUGCCAAAGAAAUGAAAAAAUGGGCAUAUGAAAUACAUUCUAGUUUUUUAGUACCUGGUGCGCCAUUACGUCUACAUAAUGUAGAUGAAAAUGUCGCGAAUGAAAUAGACGAUGUCCUUUUCAAGGAGUCUGAUAAAGAAGAGAUUCUUAGAAAGAUUUUUUGGAAAGCACGUACUAGGGCGAAGGAAGAAUUGAAUGAACAGUUGAUUCAUUUCCAACAGAAAAGGACCGCAGGAUUAGCUACAAUUUUUGGCCCGACAGACAACUCGCUCGAUGAAAGUAUAUCUGAUAAAGCACGUGAAACAAAGAUCAUUGAAACGUAUCUUUUGCCGAAAAUGGAACCUUACCUAGAAGAUAUAGAGAAGGAACAUGUAGAUCUGCGUUUGUUCACAACGGCAGCCGGUCUAGCUACAAUUUUGAUAAAGAUCUUUCAAUUACGUCCGGUUUGGGCCGAUCGAGUGCCCACUUUCGUUGCAAAAGAUAAAUCCAAUAUCAAGGCACGGUUGCUUACUGGUAAAACACGUAAGAUGACUAUCAGAGGACACCAUUUUGUGGCACAUCAGUACUUCACAAUAACUUAUUGCAAUCACUGUCAGCUUAUCAUUGGUGGCAUCGGUCCUCAGGGAUACCUGUGUAGUGAUUGUUCUCUCAGCGUACAUCGACAAUGUGUCCGUGUAGUAGAAGAAAAUUGCCCGGGCCCGUUGAUGAAAAAGGAAAGAACCAAUGAUAGAAUUAGUAAACUGAUGGAACGUAUUCGACCCGAGAGAAAACUUCCUUCAUCCCAUCAUUAUCAUCAUCAUCAUCAUCAUUCGCAGAACCAUAUAUUUCAUCUGGAAAAAAAUAAAAGAGGUGAAGAAGAUUCUGGUGCAUUGACAGAUGGAGAAAGCGGAGAACAACGUUCAGGUAGCUUAACCGGAAAUGUUCGCAACAGUUGCGAGAGAGCACGAAUUUCCGGUUUAGGAGGAACAAGUGAUCAUGCUGAGAGCAUAGACAAUCCUUCUUCACGAGAAGAUAUUUCCGAGAUGGUCCAGCAAAAUAUUUCCAGUAAGCCAAAGACGUCAAACAUCAACAGGUCUGAAAGUUACAAGGAACGGAUACAUCAUAAGCGGCAAUUGAGGGAAAAAAGGAAGACCAGUGAUCCGAAUCUCUCUAAAACAAACGAUUGUGAGUCUUCCAAUACGUUUCCUGGAAACUCGGCUGGCAGUUCGUCGAAUAGCAGCCUAUCGACAAGGAGUCUAGAUAGUCCUAGUACCAGCCUAGAACAAGUACAUCCUACCACGUCGGCAACAAACGCAUCAACUUCGUGGGACAGUGAUGUUGAUGUCGAAGCUGACCCGCCUGAUUGGAGUCAAGCUGUUGCUGAGGAUGUUCUUGCACAUCUUAGCAAUUCCGAGAAAAAAAGACAAGAAGUUAUUAAUGAACUGUUUCAUACCGAGCGUUCCCAUGUUCGCGCGUUGAACGUUCUUCUGCAUGUCUUCCAUAAACCGUUGCUGGAGUCACAAGUGCUGCCAUUAGAUCAAAUACAGUUGCUUUUCUCAAAUCUGGACGAGAUGUUAAUGAUCCACUCGCGCUUCAAUCAAUCGAUGAAGCGAAAGAAGAAGGAGAAUCCAUGCGUGGGUGACGUGGGUGAGCUUCUGCUGGAGAUGUUCGACGGUGAAGCCGGUGAGGCGUUUGAAAGAGCCGCGUCGACUUAUUGUGCUAAGCAGCAGGUAGCAUUAGACGCUCUGCGUGAUCGUCGACGCAAGGAUUCCAAACUGAAUUCUUUUCUGAACGAGAUAGAAGCAAAUCCACUCUGCCGCCGGCUUCAGCUGAAGGAUCACAUACUUACCGGCAUGUUGCGGCUGACUAAAUACCCGCUGCUUUUCGAGAAUCUUGCUAAGUAUACGCUAGAUAGUAAUGAAAAGGAGAAAGCGGCCGUGUUACGAAGUCUUGAACGCAGCAAAGAGAUCCUAAGUCGCGUGAAUCAGGCAGUGAGGGAGGCCGAGGAUCAUCAGCGGCUCGCCGAGAUUCAACGAACGAUCGAUCGGUCAGCCUUCGACAAAUUUGAUCAUCCGACCGUACAGGAAUUCAAGAACCUCGACAUCACGAAGCGUAAGCUGAUCUAUGAAGGACCCUUGCAAUGGCGUCGCACCGAGCCGAAUCGCUCGAUGCCAAAUCGUUCGGUGCCAAAGCCGGUGGAUUUGCACGUGGUAUUACUCGACGAUACAAUCUUCUUCCUACAUCGGCAAGACGAUAAGUAUCUACUAAAAUUUAUCAACACGACAAAUCAAGCAGGUAAUGCCGUGCUCAGUCCGAUCGUCAAACUGUCCACCGUAUUGGUGCGUCACAACGCUGCUGAAAAGGACUCCCUCUACUUGGUUAAUACCUCUCAGAACGGAGCGCAGAUGUACAAUCUGGUGGCGCCAUCCUCCGCGGAGCGCAAACUUUGGUGCAAGCACAUCUCCGAGGCUGUGGAGGCUUACAAGACGCGCGAUCGUCAGGGUAGAAGGCCAACUCCGCCCACUACCCUUCCGGAAGAGCCGACGCACAUAACGGAAGACGCGUCUCCCUCUGUCACGGAAGCGGACAGCAUAACCGUUGAGAAGGAUCAAUUGCAGGAUCGAGAAUCGCGAGAACUCGGACAAGAUGAUGUUGCUGUUACUACUGUUACUUCCACUCCUACUUCUGCUUCUACCGCUGCAACUACUACUACUUCUACUACUACUACUACUAUUACUACUACUACUACUACUACUGCUACUACUACUAUUAGUACCGCUGUUGAUAUGCAAGAACAUGACGAGAAGAUACCAGAUUCUUCUACUACAGAGACUCCUACGACGGAACAAACACAACAGCGAAUGCAACAACAAUCUACUGAGUCACCAACAACAGGUAUGGCGGAACCACUCCGGAUGGUUACAUGUACUCAGUUCUCAUUAAUAGAUCCUUUAGAAGUUCACGUGGAAGUACCACCGGUGCAUAUUGCAGAACCAGUUUUCACACCAAUAGAAUGUCUGAGACGAAAGGACGAAAUAAUAAAACAGACCCUGCUCGAAAAACAAUUAUUGAUGGCGGACAUAUUAAAUAUUCCUAAAGAAGAUUUUGAGCAUGUAGCAGACAUGGCAUCUGAACCAUCCACUGUGGAAAAAGAACCUGCUGAACUCAUACUUGCUGCUAUUAACCAAACGGACCAGCUGGUAGGAAUGUUGAAUUCUGCAUUGAAUGUAAGCGAAACGGAAACGGUAUUUGCAUCGCGUGGGGCAUCGGUGCUACCAUCUCCCAUAUGUGAAGCCACCGGUUGUCCUUCGUUACGGAGCCACUUGCAUCCUCAGCAAUCAGUUAUGAAUAUAAUGCAACCAAUUUGUCAUUAUCUCACAUCCCAACUGUCGCAGCUAUCACAACUUCUGGAUAUCAUUAAGGAAAGGGAAGAAGAACGGGAAAAGCUACGGCGAGAAUUGCGCAGAAGUAGAGAACGUAUACAUGCACUUGAUACUGACGUACAGCGCCGCGAAUUUCCGGGAACGACGACAACAUCUUACACGCAAACGGCACUUGAUGAUCUGUACCAAGAAAGUUACACCGAUGACCUCACUCGGAAUGAGGAGCCCGUCGAUAUGCAGGGAGAAAUAGCUGUAGAUGUGGAUGCAGAAAACCUUGAAUUGAAAACGGAAACUGAAGUAAUGGGCGACAGCGUUGGCUGAAACACAUCUAUGAAUCGUCUUAUAUCAAUUAUAUCUUUGUCGAUCUGGUGCAUUUCAAGAGCGGUGCUGAAAUGCCCUCGCAUUCAUGAAGAAAUCAAAAUUAUUUGUAAAAAGAUGGAAACUAUGGACAACGUAUAUAUGCUUGCGAGAUUCAUGGCAAAUAAUUCUUUGCCAUAGGCGAUAAUACACUAAACAUGUACAGGGAGCUAUAUAGCAAAAAAUAUUAACUGUUUUGUUUAUUUAAUAACUUAGAAAGUUUGACAAAAGCGUAUGUUAUAAAUGCUGCUGAUCUUUUUAAUUAAUAAGAAUGCAAUAAAUUAUAUUUAUAAAGUACAAUAAAAAAACUCACAAUGUAUACAUAAGCGUUUUUCUAUUAUCUUCUACAAAGAACAAGAAGAUAUAUCGCGAAAAAAAUAUCUUGUUCAAUGUUUAUUUUUUUUUAUGUUUUGCAAUCUAUGAAUUAUUCACAUAAAAAAUUUCUUUACAAUAUUUUAAUGGAAGAGAAUCUUUCGUCAAUAUAUCAAGCAAUAUAUUGACUUAAUAGAAAUUAAUAAAACAUUAGUUAUUAAAAUAUAAUAUUUCACGAAACAAUGUAUUACAUCGUUACUAAUGAAAAUAUUUACAGUAUUAUUUACAACUUAUGUUUUCGUCGAAGCCUUCAAAAGUUAUUACCAAAAUAAUGCAGCUAAUAAUUUUUGCUUUAAUCCUGUAUAUACAGAGUAUGAGUAUGUAUGAGUGGGCGAUUAAUAUCUGCCAAAGAUUUUAUGUAAAUGGAUUUACAUAAUUCGCGCUACAUAUAUAUAUAUGUGUAUGUGUGCGUGCGUGCGUGCGUACGUGCGCGCGCUAUGUGUAUAUGCAUGUGUGUGUAUAUAUAUAUGUGUAUAUAUGUGUGUGUAUGUAUAUAUGUGUGUGUGUGUGUAUACACAUGCACACGCAUGUGCACAUGCAAUUCUUAAACGUAACUUUUGUACGUCUCGCGUUAUUUUUGUGUAUCAGGUCUUGUAGAUUACUAUUAUUAUUCUUAACAUCAUUAUUAUUAUUAUUGUUAUUAUCAUUAUUAUUAUUAUUGGAAGCCUGUUUUAUAUAUAAAGGAGAAUGAUAAAAUAAUGCGCGAAAAAGUUGUAGAAACACGUAUUAAUAUAAUUAUUAUUAUUGAUUUAUUGAUUUAUAUCAAACUCGCUAUAAUGGAUAUAAGCCUGGGUUCUGAUUCUUGUCUAUAAAACUGUAACAUUAGAGAAAUUAUAAAACUCCACCUUUGAA